AUGGGGAAAAAAGUGAAUAUUGCAGAUAUCAAACUGAGUCAAAAACUUGGAUCCGGAACGGGCGGAGUUGUUCACAAAGCCACCUUUCAGGAUGAGGAAAUCGCGGUGAAGGUGUUUGACACUCAACAUCCGACAAACAAGAAAAACGCAGAAAGGGAAAUCAUACAUUUGUCCCAUAUUAGCCAUGAAAAUGUUAUCAAAACCUUUGGCACGGCAAAGGAUGGGAAUAAACAGUACUUGUUGAUGGAAUACCUAAAAGAUGGGUCUGUCCACGAUUUGCUUUACGGUAAUAAUCAGUGGGAGUACACUGUAGAGCAAGCUGUUCGUUGGGCUUUUCAAGGGGCCAAGGCUUUAGCCUACUUGCAUUCCCUGGAUCGACCAGUGGUGCAUCGUGAUAUCAAGCCGCAGAACAUGUUACUAGAUAAUAUGUUUGAAAAGCUAAAGAUUUGUGACUUUGGCUUGGCCACGGAUAUGUCUAAUAACCAGUCGGAUAUGCGAGGAACAGUAAGGUAUAUGGCUCCAGAGGCCAUCAGAUAUACAAAGUAUACGGAUAAGUGCGAUGUCUACAGCUUUGGCAUAGUGCUCUGGGAGCUUAUGGCGCGCAAAGUGCCUUACAGUCACAUGGAGAAUGCGGAUGAAGCAUUUAGCAUUUUGGAAGCUGUCGAUCAGGGUGAUCGUCCGGAUAUGAAUGAAGUGAGACCCGAUUGCCCGCAGGGCAUCAAACAGUUGAUAAAAUGCUGCUUGGAUGAAGAUCCCGAAAAGCGCCCCUCCAUGAAGGAGAUCGAAGCGUAUCUCGGCAAGCAGUGCGAAACCGGGGAAAAUGAGGACUUCAUCCUGCCCAUGGACGAAGACACCGUUGCGGCGGUGACCUAUCACGAGGAUCCGUCAGAUGGUGGCCAAAUGAUGCUCGUUGAGCUAUGGCGCCGUAAUAAUCGACCGGCCCGCAUAACCAUUCCAAUCGGGCGAGAAGUGGAGAGAUUGGGAAAGGUCAUUGCACGCGAGACGGGCCGAGCUGCCCAGGAUGUGGGCGUGGAGGUGGCUAGGGCGGCCAAAGAUGGCGAGCGGGAAACCCGGCGGGCUGAGAAGGACACAGAGCGUGAAACCUCAAGGGCUGCCCACGAUGGGGAGCGGGAAACGCGAAGGGCGGCGCAGGAUUUGGGCCGCGAAACUAAACGGGCGUUCAGGAAAAUAAAGAAGCCCUUUUAACUAGAAAUAUGAUUAUUAAUUCGUUAUGCUAAUGUGCGGGCAAUGAUUAAUAAAGCCGACUGCAUGCAGAGAGUCCUCCUCCUCUA